UCGGCCGCCGCCCGGCCCGGGCGCGGGGCCCACGGCGCGCCGCGGCCCGUGCCCAACCUCAUCCCCAAUCCAGAAGCAGGCGGGGGCGGGGGCGGCCCGCGCCGCCAUCUGGCGCAUCACCGAGCGUGCGCCGGCCCUGCCCUCCGGGGCGCGCCGCCGCCACCCCCCGCGCGCUCACGGUCUUGCUACGCGCCCGCGCCCGCCGGCCGCCCCGCCGCCGGCCCUGCCGCGCGCCCAGCCUCAGCAGAGCGACUGGACGAGAUCUGCGCCAAGUCCUGCGCCCACUUCCGCCUCAAGGACUUCGCGCCGCUCAUCGGCGGCCGACGCCUUCCGCCGGCGCCGACACACGGCGAGACGACGGCGAGGACGACGACGAGGACGACGUGGACUGGCGAGGGGCGAGGGUCGGGGCCGCGGGGCGCGCGGGGCGCCGCGCGCAAGGGCUUCCUGGACCAGCUGGGCGAGCGCCUGCUGAGAAGGCAGCGGCGGCGCUCGAGUGCGAGGCGGUGUCGGCGUGCGCGCGUCGUGCCUAGCGAGCUGGCGCGCCACCGGCGGUCCCGCACGACCGCCCGAGGGGCCGGAGGGGGCGGCGGCCGCCAGCGCCCCCGCGCCCAGCGCCGCCCCGCGCGGGCUGAGCUGUCCUCGACGCGCUGCCAGCGUUGCCGCCAGCGCUGCACAAGACGUCGGGCGGGCGCGCUGGUGCACCUGCGCACCUGCUGCACCGGCGCCGCCUCGCGCUCGCCCUCUGCCCCGGACCCGGACCCGGACCCCGACCCGCACGGCUCACCGCCGCCAUGGAGAAAGGGUGUUCGUGUGGAACAGCCUGCCCCGCCCGGCCGCUGGCGCCGACGGCGGGGCGGCCGAGGCUAA